AAAAAAAAAAAAAAUUUGGAAAAUGUCCUAAAAGUAUAGAUUGAGAUCUUGUUGAAGCCUGCCCCCGUGAUAUCUGGCGAUUGCAGCCCACAAAGAAAUCGAUGUUACAUAUUUGCAUAUGAACACAUAAAAAAGUAGCAGCUGGUGGGAAAUGGCGGUAUUUGUCUCAGUUUUUCUGGUUAUAACUACCACACUACUCGUGGCCCGGAUUGUAUAUGUUAUAUCUCAGAGUAGCAAACCGAACCGUAACACUUCUCAGAAGCAUUUGAGCACCCUCGUCGUUUUGGGUUCAGGGGGACACACCGCAGAGAUGAUAAAUUUGUUGUCUGUUAUGCAAAAAGAUUGGUAUGCUCCAAGAUAUUAUAUUGCUGCGGCAACGGAUAACAUGAGUCUUCAGAAGGCACGUGUUUUCGAGGACAUCUUAGAUGAUAAGGGCGCAGAUGGAACUCAAUUUAUGCAGAUUUAUAGAAGCCGUGAAGUGGGUCAAUCCUAUAUUACCUCAGUCGGAACAACAUUACUUGCUUUAGGUCAUGCUUUAUGGCUCAUGGUCAAAAUCAGACCUCAUGUGAUUCUAUGCAACGGUCCCGGGACUUGUAUUCCCAUAUGUGCAAUUGCGUUUAUUUUCAAGGUUUUGGGGAUCAGAUGGUCAUAUAUAUUCUAUGUGGAGAGUAUUGCAAGAGUCAAAAGACUAUCAUUGAGUGGCUUGCUUCUUUACAAACUACACAUGGCUGAUCAGUUGUUUGUGCAGUGGCCACAACUUCAAAAACAAUAUCCCCGAGCUCGUUAUGUGGGCCGUCUUAUGUAAACCAUUUUUCAUUCCAUCACGUUUUUAAGCUCUACAGUAACCAAGAUAUCGUCAUUUCAGUUAGGUUUUAAAUCCGAUUUAUAGCCUUUUUAAAGUUACUUUUGUAAGUCAAAGAUCUAAAGUUGUAACCAAACUUGCAACUCCUGAAAAAAAAAUGAUAUUAUAUAUAAUUUUUAGAUGUUUCUUGUCUCUUAAAUCUUACACUUUUAUUUGUAGAAACAUGAUUAUGGACGCUUCUAUUGGUACAAGCAUGAAUUAUCGAUGCUAGUAAGCAUCCCUCUUGGCAACUAUCAAAACUUAUUGCUAUAAAUUUAAUGUCUACUUUUCUGAGGAGUUACAGUUACCUAUCACUAGAUUAUUAUUUUUAUCAAUUAGAUAAAAAAUCCCGAGUUAAAUGGGAAAUUUGGGCUAAAAUCCUGUGAAUCCGCCGGGAAAGUCAGUGGAGAAUUUGUCGUGGAAGCAGUGGUUAUUCCCGACAGAUGUGAGUCAUCGUGAUGGUGGAAAUCAUUACCGCGUUCAGUGAAGUAGUUUGACCCGGAUGUGGCAGGUGAGAUAAAAGAAGGCGAAUAUCCUUGCAGAAAACUGUGAUCG